AUUGCGAGUCGCGAAAAAAUGGAAUCCGAAAUCUGUGCCAGCUGACGAGCGAAUGAACUUGGCGGUCUCUACAUGAAAACAUCUGUACCGGGAACUACUUAACAGUCAAUUAGAUUUUGUGUUUGAUUUACUAGACGAUUUCAGGCGGGAAUGUUCCUUGAACUUGGAAGCAAACCGAAAAAUUGCAUCCUCUCGAAUCCGUCGAAAAACGUGCAGCGGCCCAACUGCGUCAGAGUGUUGAACGUGCCAUUGCGAGAAUGCCUUCUCGCGGUCCCACGUCAUAGUUACCAUCAUUAGCACCGGGCCACCAAGACAUUGGCAACUUGCAACUAGCAACACUCCCAUCAGCAACACUAAUUGCAACUGCAGCAGCAACUACCAACAACCACAGCAACAAGCAGCAGCAACUAGCGACUGCAACAGCACAAAUCACAGCCAAAUCGAACGCAACAAAGCUUCCAGAGACAGGCCAACGGGACAGCGAGUGCCCGAAUCACUUCCAGGAUAAGGAGAACCCAUCCCAGCCAGUAACCAGCCAUGCAGUUGCUCCUCAAGUCGAUAUUCACCUGCGCACUAUUCGUGAUCUUUGUGUACGCCACAGCCCAGUCACUGCUCAAAGUCCAGGAGACUGACGCGCGGCAGGCGUACCUCAAUGUUACCUCCUCCAGCAGUAGUAAUCUCAGCCAGGACGAUGGCCACUUUCUCAGCCGGCGGCUAAGACAGGCCACGCAUGGUGAGGAGGGCGAUGAGGGGGCGCCCUCCCAGAUGGAGGACGAGACUAGACAAAUGACCAAGAUCCAUGGGGAUGCACCGGACGUGGAGGAGCUGCGCGAAUGCAAUGAAGGUCUCGUCCUACCUCUCUGGAUGCCGCAGCGCAACAUUUCGGUGGGUGACCGCCUCAUCCGCGGCUUUGUCUAUUUUGUUCUACUGAUAUACCUGUUUGUGGGUGUGUCCAUCAUUGCGGAUCGCUUCAUGGCCGCCAUAGAGGCCAUCACAUCGAUUGAACGGGCUGUGGUGGUCAAGGGACCCAACAACACCAAACAGGUGAUGCACGUGCGCAUCUGGAACGAAACGGUGGCGAAUCUAACGCUAAUGGCCCUCGGAUCAAGUGCCCCCGAGAUCCUGCUCUCGGUUAUUGAGAUUUAUGCGAAGGACUUUGAGAGCGGUGACUUGGGACCCGGCACCAUCGUGGGAUCUGCUGCCUACAACCUGUUUAUGAUUAUCGCCGUAUGCAUGAUUUGGAUUCCGGCGGGUGAGGUACGGAGGAUCCGGCAUCUGCGGGUCUUCUUCGUUACCGCCCUCUUCUCGGUCUUCGCCUAUGUGUGGCUGUGGCUCAUCCUAUCCGUGUUCACGCCCGGCGUGAUCUUGGUCUGGGAGGCGAUCGUGACCUUGCUAUUCUUCCCGCUGACCGUGCUGUGGGCCUACAUCGCCGAGCGGCGUCUUCUGGUCUACAAAUACAUGGACAAGAACUACCGGGUCAACAAGCGCGGUACCGUGGUGGCCGGCGAGCACGACCAGGUGGAGAUGGAUGCGGAGAAGGGCCCCAAACACCCAAUGGUCACAUCCGCGCGCGGAAACGACGCCGAGGCCUUCGACGAGGCCCGUCGCGAGUACAUCAGUUUGCUGACGGAGCUGCGCCAGAAGUACCCCGACGCCGAUCUCGAGCAGCUGGAGAUGAUGGCCCAGGAGCAAGUGCUGGCGCGGAGCAGCAAGUCGCGCGCCUUCUACCGCAUCCAGGCCACCCGCAAGAUGGUCGGCAGCGGCAACCUGAUGCGCAAGAUCCAGGAACGCGCUCACAGCGAUCUCACCGAGGUUAAAGCCCAGCUGCAUGCGGGCGACGACGAGGAGGCGGACGAUCGCACCCGUAUGUACUUCGAGCCGGGUCACUACACCGUCAUGGAGAACUGCGGCGAAUUUGAGGUGCGCGUGGUGCGCCGAGGCGACAUCUCCACCUACGCCAGCGUGGAGUAUGAAACGCAGGACGGCACCGCCUCCGCCGGAACCGAUUUCGUCGGACGGAAGGGACUGCUAAACUUCCCGCCGGGCGUCGAUGAGCAGCGCUUCCGCAUCGAGGUGAUCGACGAUGACGUAUUUGAGGAGGACGAGUGCUUCUACAUCCGUCUCUUUAAUCCCUCCGAGGGCGUGAAGCUCGCCGUGCCGAUGAUCGCCACCGUCAUGAUCCUGGACGACGACCACGCGGGCAUCUUUGCCUUCACGGACUCUGUAUUCGAGAUCACCGAGUCCGUCGGCCGGUUCGAGCUGAAGGUGAUGCGCUACUCCGGCGCCCGCGGCACUGUAAUAGUGCCCUACUGGACGGAGAACGACACGGCCACCGAAUCCAAGGACUACGAGGGGACCCGCGGCGAGCUCAUCUUCGAAAACAAUGAAUCCGAGAAAUUCAUCGAUCUGUACAUCCUGGAGGAGAGCAGUUACGAGAAGGACGUCAGCUUCAAGGUGCACAUCGGAGAGCCUCGAUUGGCACCAGAUGACACUAAUAAGGAAUCAUUUUUCAAUCGAUUUUUUGAAAAACACGAACAUUCUGGAGAACCCACUCACGAUGAAUUGGCAGACAAAAUCAAGGAGGUCGAGAAAAAAUCCGCUCAGGAUCUGACCGAACUGGACCGCAUCCUGCUGCUGAGCAAGCCGAGAAACGGAGAACUGACCACCGCAUAUGUGCGCAUUCGAGAGAGCCAGGAAUUCAAGGCUACAGUCGACAAGCUGGUGGCCAAAGCGAACGUUUCUGCCGUCCUAGGCACUUCGUCCUGGAAGGAGCAGUUUAAAGAUGCCCUCACCGUUAUCCCAGCCGAUGAAAGUGAGUUUGAUAACGACGAUGUGGAGGAGGAGGUGCCCAGCUGCUUCAGCUACGUGAGCCACUUCGUCUGCCUCUUCUGGAAGGUUCUCUUUGCAUUUGUGCCGCCCACAGACAUUUGCGGCGGCUACGUUACCUUUGUGGUAUCCAUAUUCGUGAUUGGCGUCAUAACUGCCAUCAUCGGAGAUGCCGCCUCCUAUUUCGGCUGCGCCCUCAACAUCAAGGACUCGGUAACGGCCAUCCUGUUUGUCGCCCUGGGCACAAGCAUACCAGAUACAUUCGCCAGCAUGAUUGCCGCCAAGCAUGACGAGGGUGCCGAUAAUUGCAUAGGCAAUGUCACGGGCAGCAAUGCGGUCAACGUGUUCCUGGGCAUCGGCCUGGCCUGGACCAUCGCCGCCGUCUAUCACAGCUCCCAUGGCCUGACCUUCAACGUGGAGCCGGGGACCAUUGGAUUUGCCGUGGCGCUCUUCUGCGGCGAGGCCCUGAUUGCCAUUAUGCUCAUCAUGAUCCGGCGCUGGCACAAGGGCAUUGGCGCCGAGCUGGGCGGGCCGAAAAUUUCCAAGUACAUCAGCGCAGCGAUCCUGGUGUUCCUGUGGGUGUUCUACGUGGUCAUAUGCAUACUGGAAGCCUACGAUGUCAUUCGGGUUUAAGGAGUCCGCAGUCGCGUUGGAAUGACUUCGGCUUGGUUAUUCGCAUUGGCGUUGGAUUUUUCCGUCAAAUUGGAGACGAUCUAUGCGGAGAAGGACAGAGCUAUUCGAUACUUAGGAGCUAUCGAAAGAUGCUGUAGAUGCAGUUUUUAUAUGUAAACUUAUGAAAUUGAUUUAUACAUAUACGAAUGUGCUCGGCGCGAUAUAUAAAUAUUUCUUGUGUAAAAUUUAUGUUAAUACUAAAAGUAAAAUUUAAAAGUUUAACUAGGUUUAAGCCAGGCUUAUAUACAAAACCAUUUUUACGAUUAUUGUCUCUAUUCAUAUAUUAAAUUGUAAAUACAGAAAAGCUGCCACGGCUCAGCAAUCUUGUAACCGUAACGAGAUCAUUUACUGUUAUGCCAUAUAUACUUAAUUUACUUUAUAAAGAAUACGAUUAUAUUUAUUAUAUCAUUCUGUGUACAACUUAAGUCAUUGUUGUUGUUUGUUAAGGCUGUACUUAAUUGACCCCAUGAAAUCAAAACGGGAAAAUCGGAAUCGAUUUAGAGUUUAAAUCUGAUUCCGAACUCCAAACUCGAAAUUGUCUCUCCAUUUGCCGAAUACCAUUGUUAAUUUAAUACAUGUGUAAGUUUUAGAAGAAAUCUAAAGGUUUUAGCCAAGAAGAAACGCAGUCACUCUAGCCAUCUACUACAAAUACUACAAUUAUAAUUACUACUACUAAAUAGGGGCCCCCUUGACAACUAGUUCUAGUCACCACACACUAUCGACACAAGUCCAACUAGCAACACUUUCAUUAACUCUGACCAAAGCAAAAGGCGGCACUACUUACUAGCGAUUAGCUGUUAGCCAGAAAGACCACCAGUGUGUCCACACUGCACUAUAAAGAACUACGAGUACUAUCAGUGAGCACUAAUCAAUUUACUUAAAAAAAAACUUUCUAUUUGCUUACGUCGCUGGGAUCGAAGUAGAGAAAUCUGGAUAUUAAGGCAAACACCAAAACAAUACCAAAAUAAUAAGCAGAAUAACUAGAAUUGAUUGUAAACCAAAUGUAACGAGCAGCUACAUAUUUUUUGUAUAAUGUUGUACUAUUUUUCAUAUAGCAAAAUUCUAGCAAAUUAAUGGUGGGAAGAGAAGCCUAAUGAUAUUUAUAGCCACAUGCAUAAAUUUGUAUAAUACAUUUGGGGUCACACUACUGUACGGGGAACUCGUUGAGAAAACUGCGCCAAAUUUAGACGUAAUUGAUUAUUAAUUACUGAUAAUUAAUUACUGCAUACAUAUACGAACUAUUAAACAAUUUAAAAAAUAUACAAACAUGAAUAAAUAAUAAUGUACUAAGUUAUACUGUCAAAGUUUACUGCUAGAUAUUAUAAUUAAAUUUCUUUUUAAAUUUA